UUGUUGACAAACAGUGCUGUAUAUACUUGGUGACUUCCUUCUUGAAUAUAAAAUUUUUCCUAACUUUGGCAGUUGAUUGAACUCUCUCUUUCACAUUUAUAAAAUGUCUGCUAUCGCUGCUAAGUCUGGUGCCAAGCCUGGUCUUGAAGAACAAGUCGAAGCCAAGAUCCACCGUAUUCGUAUCACCUUGACCUCCCGUAACGUUAAGAACCUUGAAAAGGUUUCCAAUGAUCUUAUCCAACGUGCCAAGGACAAGCAGCUCAAGGUCAAGGGUCCCGUUCGUCUCCCUACUAAAACCCUCCGUAUCACCACUCGUAAGUCUCCUUGUGGUAACGGUUCCGAAACUUUCGAUCGUUUCGAAAUGAGAAUUCACAAGCGUUUGAUCGAUUUACACUCUCCCUCCGAAAUUGUUAAGCAAAUCACCUCUAUCUCCAUUGAACCCGGAGUUGAAGUUGAAGUCACCAUUGCUUAA